AUGGCAAAGGCGGACGAGCCAGCGCCGCACCCACCCAAGGAACAGCUUCCUGGUGUUUCCUACUGCAUUACCAGUCCUCCCCCAUGGCCUGAAGCGAUCCUUCUUGGCUUUCAACAUUACUUGGUGAUGCUUGGCACAACAGUUAUCAUUCCCAGUGCUCUUGUCCCUCAAAUGGGGGGCGGGAAUGAGGAGAAAGCAAAAGUGAUCCAGACACUACUUUUUGUUGCUGGAUUGAACACCCUAUUGCAGACAUUUUUUGGGACUAGAUUGCCUGCUGUCAUUGGAGGGUCAUAUACAUUCGUUGCAGCCACAAUUUCAAUUAUCCUUUCUGGCCGAUUCAGUGAUGUUGCAGAUCCUAUAUCAAGAUUUAAAAGGACAAUGAGGGCUAUUCAGGGUGCUCUUAUUGUUGCUUCUACUCUUCAGAUAGUGCUGGGUUUCAGUGGCCUCUGGCGUAAUGUUGCAAGGUUCUUAAGCCCACUCUCAGCUGUUCCUUUGGUUGCUCUUGCUGGGUAUGGGCUCUAUGAGUUUGGUUUUCCAGGGGUUGCUAAAUGCAUCGAAAUUGGGCUUCCAGAACUUAUUCUUUUAGUGUUUUUCUCACAGUUGCAACCUGCUAACAUCUCAUAUACAUCACUUGUUUUCUGCAGUAUAUGCCACACGUGCGGAGCCUACAAUGGUAAACCUCCAAAAACACAGACAAGUUGUCGUACCGAUCGAUCUGGGCUUAUUGAUGCUGCUCCUUGGAUAAGAGUUCCAUAUCCCUUUCAAUGGGGAGCACCUUCAUUUGAUGCUGGAGAAGCCUUUGCAAUGAUGGUUACUUCUUUUGUUGCUCUUGUAGAGUCCACUGGUGGCUUUAUUGCUAUUUCAAGAUAUGCCAGUGCCACUCACAUGCCACCUUCUGUUCUUAGCCGAGGUGUUGGUUGGCAGGGAAUAGCCAUCCUGCUGUCUGGGGUGUUUGGAACUGUGAAUGGAUCCUCAGUAUCUAUUGAGAAUGCUGGUCUUUUGGCUUUGACCCGUGUUGGCAGUAGAAGAGUGGUGCAAAUUUCUGCUGGGUUCAUGAUAUUUUUUUCUGUUCUCGGUAAAUUUGGAGCUGUCUUUGCCUCAAUUCCAGCACCUAUUGUUGCCGCUUUAUAUUGCAUUUUCUUUGGUUAUGUUGGCGCAGUGGGCUUAAGUUUCCUUCAGUACUGCAACCUCAACAGCUUCAGAAAUAUGUUCAUAUUAGGUUUUUCUAUCUACUUGGGUUUAUCCAUACCCCAAUACUUCAAUGGGUACACUGCCGUUAAUGGACGCGGCCCAGUUCAUACAGGAGGAAGAUGGUUGCUUCUAAGCUCCAGUGACCAAAAAUCUUUUGUUCUUUCUUUCCUCGCGCAGUUCAAUGAUAUGGUUAAUGUUCCUUUCGCUUCGGAAGCCUUUGUUGCCGGAAUAUUGGCAUAUUUCCUGGACAACACAAUACACAAGGAGGGAAUAAGGAAAGACCGGGGAAAGCAUUGGUGGGACAGAUUCAAGUCCUUCAAGAGCGACCCGAGAAGUGAGGAGUUCUAUUCCCUGCCUUUCAAUCUUAACAAAUAUUUCCCAUCAGUUUGA